AUGAAAACUCUGCUGCUGGCCUUGCUGGUGGUGACAGUCGUGUGCCUGGACUUUGGAGACACCCUGAUAUGUUACAAAUGCAAGGAAGGACUUUGUAUAACCGAACGCAAAUGUUCCAAUAAGCAGAAUCUCUGCUUUAAAAGGAGGAAAUUGUUCAGUCCAUUCGGAUUAAGGACCCGCAGGGGAUGUGCUGCUACCUGCCCUACUAGGAAACGCAAUAACGCCAUUGAGUGUUGCUCAGAAAACCGCUGCAACCCUAACCCUAAACCUAAA